AUGCUGCUAGCUUUAGCUUCGCCAAAAAAAGUUUCGGAAUUAGCCGCUUUGAGUCUGGAAUCACUUCAGCAAGGCGAUUCAAAAUGGGUGUUCAGACUCGACUACAUGAAUAAAAACCGUCGGAUAGGAUCGAGGGCUCAUUCUGCAGUCUUCACAUCCUUCACGGAGAAUCCUCGGCUCUGCCCUAUAGAAACCAUGAAGUCAUACAUCUCUAGGACUGUAAUGCACCGCUUCCAGGCCAAGCGCUUACUGAUCUCUUAUCAGAGACCAUUCGCCGCCAUAACGGCCACAACGGUGUCUCGCUGGCUAAAGAACAUUCUGGUGGAUGCGGGAGUAGGCUCAUGUUUUGGCGCUCAUUCAACUAGGGCAGCGGCUACGACAGCAGCGAAGCUAAGGGGUGUGUCCUCGAAAGCAAUUAUGGAAGCCGCCAACUGGGCGCCAGGAGGAUCCACCUUCGAGCGAUUUUACUUCAAGGACCCCUCAGAGUCUUUUCAGAAUUCCAUUCUGGCAGAAACGUAG